AUGUGUCCUUCACACCUUCCUAUAUGGAGUUAUGUUCUCGGUUGCUCUAUCAUUGAUAGUAGCAGGCAACAAUUAACGAUAAAAGUGGAGCACAACAACCAAAUAUUCCAUCUUACGACAGUUUAUGCUAGAACCGAAGCGGUUAAAAGAAGCAAACUUUGGCGAAAGCUGACUACUAUUAACAAUCCUAUUAGUGGGCCAUGGUGUAUUUUAGAUGACUUCAACUCCAUCAUGGCCCCUGGUGAGAAGAGAGGUGGUGUACCUCAUGUCCUCAGUGAGAGCAUGGAUUUCAUUAGUUGUAUGAAUAAAUAUGGAAUGAAAAAUUUGGGCUUCACUGAAAACUCUUUCACUUGGUGCAACCGAAGAAGAAAAAGAAAAAGAAUUAGUAAGAGGCUAGAUAGGGUGUUGAUUAAUGAUGCUUGGGCAGAUGUUUUUCAUCUCAGUAAAGUAGAUCAUCAUGCCAAAACAGGAUCAGAUCAUAGCCUCCUCACUUUUGAGUUUGGCAAUACUAUGCAGGAGGCUACCAAGUACUUUAGGUUCUUAAAUUUUUGGAAAGAGCAUUCGGGAUACUUUGAUCUUAUGCAAGACAUCUGGAGUAUGAAAGUACAUGGUAAUGCCCAGUGGAUCCUUCAAUAG